AUGCCCUGGGACGGCUCGCUCGUCAUCUCUGCGCUCCACGCCGCCUACGCCUCGGGCGCCACCACCCCGACCGAGGUCGUCCGCGCCGUCCACGAGCGGCUCACCGCCUACGCCGCCGACGUCGACCCGGCCGUGUGGAUCGACGUUGUCCCGCUCGACACGCUCCUCGAGCGCGCCGCCGAGCUCGAGCGCGCGCACGACGGCAAGGACAAGCCGGCGCUGUUUGGCGUCCCGAUGAGCGUCAAGAACAGCAUCGACGUCGCCGGGUUCAAGACGACGUUGGCCUGUCCCGACUUUGCGUACGUCGCCGAGAAGACGGCGCCGGCGGUUCAGCGGGCUCUCGACGCCGGCGCCAUCCUCGUCGGGACCACCAAUCUCGACCAAUUUGCGACUGGACUGGUCGGCCACCGCAGCCCGUACGGCACACCGCGCUCCGUGUUCGACAAGGAGUACAUCUCGGGCGGCAGCUCGUCCGGGUCGGCCGUCUCGGUCGGCGCCAAGCUCGUCUCUUUCUCGAUCGGCACCGACACGGCCGGCUCGACCCGCGUUCCCGCCUCGUUCAACGGCGUCGUCGGCCUAAAGCCGACCCUGUACAGCAUCUCGACCGUCGGCCUCGUCCCGGCGUGCAAGACGGCCGACUGCGUGACGGUCCUCGCGCCGACGGUCGACGACGCGCGGCAAGUGUACGACGUCCUGCGCGCGUUCGACCCGAACGACUCGCUCGCCCGGCCGUACGACAAGCUCACGUCGGGCCUGGCGCCGUGGCGGAGCGAGGGCAUCAAGUUUGCGACGCCGCCGGCCGAGCUCCUCGAGGUGCUCUCGGCGCCGUACGCCCAGCUGUACAAGCAGGCGGUCGACAAGCUCGCGCGAGGAGGACUCGUCAAUGCCGAAGGGUUCAACUACGAGCCUUUCGAGCAGGCGAACAACAUGCUCUACGGCAGCUCGAUCGUCGCCCAACGGCUCGUCGCCUUUGACGACUACCUGACGGCCCACGGUACCUCGACGAUGCACCCUGUCGUCGCGUCCAUCUUUGCCGCCUCGUCCGGCUUCUCGGCCGUGCGCGCCUACCAGGAUCUGUUCCUCCUUGCGUCGUACAAGCGCCGCGUCGAGCUCGAGUUCGAGAAGGCCGACGUCCUCGUCGUCCCGAGCACGGUCACGCACUGGAAGGUCGCCGAGGUCGACGAGGACCCGCUCGGCCGCAACAAGAUCCUCGGCUCGUUCACUCACUUUGUCAACCUCGUCGACCUGUGCGCCAUCUCAGUCCCGGCAGGAACGUGGACGAACCCAAGCGGGAACGAGAUGCCGUUCGGCCUCACUUUCAUUGCGCCAGCUGGCCGAGAUGCCGAGCUCAUGCGACUCGCAGAGCGCUUCCAGAAGAUGUAG